AGGGUCGUUUAUUCACUAAAACCAAAUUCGAAUAGCCGCAGUUAUUUACCGGCAAAUAUAACCGUACAUGGCACAUAUCACACCAAUAUCAUUACCGGACCAAUUGAAUUAUGGACAUCGCUGUUCAUUGUUACCAGCUUGGUUUAUGCCAUCAUAUUGAUUGUCGUUUGCAUCGCUUACGUUAUAAGCGAUGUGACAACACAUCGUCUACCCGUGCUAUACUAUGAAAGCUUCUUUACGUAUUUGUAUGGUGUCAGCAUACUCUUCCUACUCUAUGUCUUCUGUUUUCUGUUACAGGAAAGUUCCUGUUGCAAUGGCGGCAACAAUCAACCGAAAUCUCCUAAAAAAGAAAAGAAAUCUAAAAAGAGCAAGGAAAAGGAUCCAGCCGAUUCGAAAGAUGCGAAAGGUGCCAAGGAUUCCGGCAAGAGUAAAGCUAGUCCUUAUCAGGACUCUCAAGCUGAUGCUGAAGUUGCAGUAACACCAAAAAAUUCACGCAAACGUAAAACAACCCACAGUGAUUUGACACAUGGCAGUUUCUUUUUACGUGUCGGGGCUAUUGCUUUUGGUUUGGGUGCCAUGAUUUAUAUUGGCUUGGAAUUUGGCUCGUUCUUUGAAAUACCCUUCGAUUCACCCUGCCAUCACAUUUUGAUUGGCGUCAAUCCACUGUUGCAGAUGAUCUUUACCUUUAUGCAAAUGUAUUUCAUCUUUAUGAAUGCCAGAUUAAAUAUCCACCGUUUCAAGGUUAUUGCCCGUUUUGGUCUAAUGCAUGUGGUAGCCACCAAUAUCUGUGUCUGGAUACGUACCCUGGUCAAGGAGUCUUUGCUUGAAAUCACUCUCUAUCAUCAACGUCGUGAUCCCGAUCCCAAUGAAUCUUCAAUUGGCCAAUCGAUUCGCCAACAUGCCCUGCGUCAUGCCGGCACUGUGUUGCGCACCCAUUAUGGACCCAAUGAAGAAUUCGAAGUCUUGGAUGGUGAAGAUCUUUUGCCUAAGGAUGCAUACACCACCAAUGGUGUCCUGUCGAAAAUGUUGGCCAAAACUGUGGAUGGUAUUUCCAAAACAUUGGGUAUGGGCUCAAAUGAGGUGGCCGACCCCACGACAAGUACCACUACCACCACCACAACUACAACAAUGAGACCGGCAUUUACCACACCCUAUCAAUGGCAAAGCACUACUGUGGCACGCAAGUUGAAGAAGUUUAUCACUAGUACCACGGCGGCGGCAACCAUGGGCACAUCGUCUUCAACACCCAGCACGACGACAACAACUUCAACAUCUACGACCACAACAACCACCGCGUUGCCAGCCACCUCACCAUUGGCGACAACAACGACCACAGAAUUACCCUUUAACAGUUACCAGCAGAAUUUGUACUCCUCCACCGGUUCUCCAUUAGCUGCUGCAGUAGAACAUUUGGCCUCCUCCCCAACCACCACCACAGCCGCGGCUGAGACCACCGCCUCUGCGUUUGAUACCUCUAGUGUAGCCUCCAGUGUAGCAUCAUUUUUCUCAUCUCUCAUGUCAAGCACCCCAUCAUCACCCAUCACCUCAACCACCACCACAAACAUUCCCAUCUCCACUACCACCACCACCACUGCAUCAUCCUUGGCCGACAAGACCACCGAAAGUUCAUUGGGAUUCAUUAACAAUCUCAUGGAAAAUAGUUACCAAACCUUCUCCGGUAUUUCCCAUCCUGAGGCAGCCAGCAUUGUGGCCUUUGAGAAUUUCGAAAACCUAGACAACAUCUACCCGGCAGCCCUGUCCUCCAAUGUGGGCACCCUGAAUUCCACCGCCUGCGGUCGUGUCGAUAUCAUGGGUACCAUUGUAUACGAUUCGGCUCCCUAUUUGUAUCCCUUCAUCAUUGAGUAUUCCCUGAUUGGUGCCGUUGUCCUCUAUGUCAUGUGGAAACACAUUGGCCGCUAUCCCGGACGCAUGAACGACGAUGAUUUGGAACAUCGCCUGGAAGUGAUGCUAUCACGACGGGCUGUGGCCAUGGCUCAACAGGCACGUUCCGGUCGUGUGGACUGUGUCGGCUCCUCGAAAGGUUUAUUCUUUGGUCUAUUGUUGUUGGUGGGUGCUUUGAUAUGUUUGAUACUCUUCUUCGUCUUGGUGCGUCAUCAGCAGUUCUCGUUGCUGGCCAUUUAUUUGGCCGAUGCCAGUCAUUGUAUAUUAAUGGUAUUUGCCAUUUUGGCCAUAAUUAUUGGAUUUAUAAGAGUUAAAAAUCUGAAAUUCCGUUGUGAGGAACAAUCCAACUUGAAUGACAUCCUUUUGCGUAUCUCUGCUUUCGGUCUAUUCACCUAUUCCGUAUUCUCCGUCAUCUCGGGCAGUCUUAAAGUUUUGGAACAUGAACCCAGCCUUUUGGUUACCACCACCAGUGCUGUUGCUGUCCUUCAAGUCAUUUUACAGCUGCUGUUCAUUGCCGAUGUUUCUCGUCGUCGUGUCCAUUUACCCGAACAUGAUCGCAGCAAACCGGGUCGUCAAAUUGUCACCUUCUUGUUGAUCUGCAAUGUGGCCAUGUUCGCCAUUUACACAUUUGAUGCUCAAAAAGUAUACGCCAAUCCCGUAAGUAGAUAUGUACGUGAGCAAUAUUCGGCUAUAAUGGAGAUAUACGUAU